AUGCUGCGCCUCAUCUCCCUCGGCUCCUCCUUCGCCGCCGGCCCCGGCCUCCAGCCCAUCGUAAAUAAGCCCGCGAACCGCUCUUCGGUCAACUACCCUUCCCUCCUCUCCUCCCUCCUCUCCGCAGAUGAACAUAUCGACCUCUCUUACUCCGGCGCCACCCUCCUCAAUAUCCUCAAUACCCCUCAGGAUGCUGCGCCACCUCAGAUAGAGGCCAUAACAGCAGCUAAGAACGAUGGGCGCUGUAUAGUCACCAUCACGGCGGGCGGGAACGAUCUGGGGUAUGUCGGCGGAUUGAUGCUGGAUAGCCUGUGGGGCAGCUGGCUCGGCUGGCCACUCGCGUACCUCGCUUCGAGGCGGAUCAAGUCGGAGGUGAUAGGCGAGGAAGAGCUGGUGAAUCGGUUCAAGGAGGUGGUCAGGGCGGUGCGGACCAAGAUACCCAAGGCAGAGGUCAUACUGGUUGGAUAUCUGACCCUGGUCGGGGAGGAUAUCCAACCCGGCGUCAAUGUCCCGCUCACGGCGGAGCAGGUGGCUACGGGGCGGAUGAAGGCGGAGAUCCUGAGGAGGGCGUACAAAAGAGCAGCGGAGGAAGAGGGAUGCGAAUUUGUGGACGUUGCGGAGGAGAGUAAGGAACAUGGCGUGGGCAGCGCGGAGCCAUGGGUCAGCGGGCAUACUUGGUCGAUGCUGUGGGGAGGGGAGGUGGGGUGGCAUCCGAAUAAGAAGGGAAUGGAGGCUGUGGCGUGGAUGGUGCAUAGGCAUAUCCAGAGUAGAGAGUCUUCUUAA